AUGAGUGCUGACACCAAGCUUAUUCUAAGUCUUGUUAAUCGAAUCGCUGUUCGGCUACCGAGCAAUAAUGGACGACAGCUGGAUAAUCUGGAAAGCGAUCCUUUGAUUCAACAAACGUAUUUUCGAUUACCUACCAUUGCAAGCACCUUGGUGACCGUGUUGGAAAAUAUAUCAAAGUCUUCACCCAUCGCUUUAUCCGACGAAUUUAUACCGCACGAUGUGCUGCAAUCACAGCUGUUUUUAUUACGCAUGUUGUCAGCAUGUAUGCAACACCAUUGGCAAUUUUAUCGCCAGUCGCGAAAGACAAUGUCAGUCCACAGCUCCGAAUCAUUAGCUCCACAAUCGCCCGUAUCCGGCAUGAGUCGAGAAGGAUCUAUGCAUAGUGCCUCAGAAACGAUGCUUUCCACGCAUAGUCAUCACAGCAGUAGUACUAGCAACAACAUCCAUCAUCAUCAUCCUAGCCACAACAACAUUCACCACGGCCAUCACGACAGUAUAAGUAAUAAUAGCAACAAUAGCAACAGCAGCAACAGCAACACCAACCUGCUACCAGGCGAGUUGGAAGAUCCUCCACCGCUCGAGGACAAUUUGGCCAAAUACAUUGUCGCCAUCAUGUCACGAUUCAUGCACCAAAUGGCUACGGCGGAAGAACGGGAUGUCGGUUCGGGUGUAGCCAAUAUUAUGACGCGGACAGAAUAUAAUGCUACUGGCACGACUGGAACACCAUCGGAUAUCAUGCUAGAUAUUUACAAGGCUGCAAGUCGUGUGGUGUUUUAUGUCAGUGCGAGUAAUUGGCCGAUCAUGUUCGGUAAGAUCAAGGCACGGAUACUGUAUCUUUCAACGACCAUGGAUGAGAACCCAGAAACAGCUGAUAUGCGAUUACUGGAAUGCUCGGCAUUGAAUGCAAAGCGAUUGAGCAUGAUUCUUACAGAACUCUGCUCUACGUUUAUGCAUUUAAAGAAAUCAGCACAAUUAUUUGUCGCGGUGACAUUACGUCGUGCUAUCUGGAAUUGGAUUGAAACAUAUCCGUCCGAGUUUAUGCGGUUAUGCCACAGUCAGAAACGGUUGGAUGGUGGUCCCGAAAUUCUGUUUGAUAUUUGUAAUUCGCUUGCCGAUACGACGAGAAAGAAAGCAGUGCUGUGGCCGCUACAAACCAUGCUGUUGAUCUUGUGUCCUGAUGUAUUGCUAGCAUCCGCAUUGUCUGAAAGCAGAGGAGUGCAAAACAAAAAGACAAUAUUCCUUAGCGCAUUGAAAAAGUCACUCAAGGGCACACGGAUGGCCGAACUAGCAGCCAUCUGCUAUGUCGACAUUUGCAAGGCUGCAACAUAUGUGUCGAAAUCCGACGUGUCUGCACUGCGCCAUAUUGUCCCGGACAUUGAAAACGAGCUCAAGGAGAAAUUAUUUGAUAUCCAACGACCCUUGAUUCCCGACAGCCUGAUGGGUAACCUUGGCAUCAUUAUCGAUCAUCGCUGUCUCCUAGCCGACUGUCUGGUUGCCAUGUUCCGACUCAACCCACGUGGCGUCAUUCACAGCUUGUUUCCGACUUGUCUUGACGACCGUGCUCCGACACUUUUCAAAAUGUCCCUCGUCAAAGCGUGUCUUGCACUGGCUGCAGAAGAGAACCGCCUCCCUUGGAACCCGCCUGUGUCUGCCCUAUAUGAUUCGCUCUGUGGUCCCUUGCGCAGAUUGUUUUUGGAUUUCACCAGUCGUGAUCCUGCAAAAUCCGAAACGAGUAGUCAGAACACAACCCAAUCCUCAGGCCGCAAGACUAUCAUUAAUCCAUCCUCUAUAGACAAAAAGAAACGUGAUGUGCGCAACCUGAUAGUCACCGAACGAUGUGAACUUAUUUUAGACGUAUUACGUCUGUAUCAAACGGAUCCCAAGCUGGCAAUCUUGGGCGAUAAUGAUGACCGGUACGAACAAAACGCAUCCGUGAUGGUUGCCAUCACAAACUGUUUACGAGAUCAGAGACCUAUUGUCCGUGAUGCUGCCGCAGAAUGCUUGUCGAAACUGCACGCACCGGAUUAUAUCGUAGCAUGGGGAUCUUCGAGUAGAUUUAUAGAGUCCUUUUGGAAAAUUUCAUCGCAGGUCGUCUUUACGCUCGCAAAGCAACUGCUGGACACCAGGGAACGUGAUGACGGCCUAAAGAAAUUGCUCGACUUGCUAGCCAGAAUCCUAACUUUGCGAAAUGAUUUUUUACGUUUGCAUCAAGAUAUUGCCAUGCAUGGUUCUGAUGUACGAGAACGGUUACAAGCAUCGAUUGGAUUAGAAGUAGCAUUGUUGGUAUUGUUAUGUUCGGCAGACCCAGAUAUUUGCUCUGGUGCCAUGGCUUGCUUUGGACACAUUUGUUUGGAGGCGCAUAUCACUGACAGCACUGAAGAUCCACAACAACAAGCACUGACGAUCGUCGACAACUUACCCGUUUAUAUUGAACUGACAUCAAGCACGGGUAUCAUUGCUGGCCGCAAAUCUCAACAGAAACGUAUCAGACGGUUAUUGCGCAUGAUGUCGCACUAUGCGCCAGGCAAUUUGGCUGCUUGGGAAGAAGCAUGGAAACGGUGGAAGUACAUGACACCGUCCAUGAUCCGAUCUUACGAAGAGCCGAGGGAAGAAGUCAACGACUUGAACAACAACAGUAGUAACAAAAAGAGUGCACCAUGGCAUGACAAGUUGCGCAACAACGCCAUGCGCACCAACAGCACGAACAGCAGCAACAUGUCCUCAUCGACAGGGGCCUCUUCCGCAACCAUGGGCAGCACCACGCGUAUGGACGGUAUUGAUGAUGAUCGGUCUUCAGAAUGGCAAAACUAUGCUGGCUUUUUGGCCUCGUUAGGUGGUGUGUGUCUCAUGGCCGAUUCAUCAACUGCUACACCAUCGUCGCCCACAUCUCCCGCCAUACCUAAGAACAACAACGCACGCAGCGGUGGUCCCAACAACAGCAACUCUUCAUCAUCGACUACAGCAACAGCAGCAGGUGAAUCGCCUUAUCGUCGUAUCUCUGCACCAACCGAAUCCGCUGCCAUGGUUGACAAGUUUGUGAUGGAAAUGGUCGAGCUAUUGAUUUGCGACAACGUCAUUGUUCGUGAAUGGGUACGUGAAAUAUUGGGCACGGACCUCUCACCUACGCUGUACCCAAUCAUGUUCCGACACUUGGAAAACACCUUAGCAAAAUGCUUUGCCGCCGACCACGAUCCAAUCUGUAGUCCUCGAUACACACUGUUUGUCGAACAAGCCAUCUCAGUCCUUAAACUUGUAUUGGACCGUAUGGACGACGCGGUCGACAACUUGUUCACAGUCGAUUUCAGCGGCCUGAUCAGCCAAUACGCUCAAUACCUGAACAAAUUAGGCAGCAACCAGCAAUCGAUGAAAAUCAAAAUUAAAAUGUGUCAGCUAUGUGAAGUGUUGAUGAUUCGCAAGGACCGUAUUACGCUGCGUCAAGAGUUCCGUCUGCGCAACAAAUUGUUGGAAAUCAUUGUCGAAUGGACCAGUGACUUUGCGCUCAAGCCAGAGAGCUCGCCAAUGAACAAUGAGACAACAACACAAACUGAAAAGUUGCAACGGGAUUUGGAUUUGGCGUGCUUGAAAACGAUUGAAGUUUUGUUGCAUCAGUUGCCAUUGCAGCCAUCCGAACCCGUUCACGAAACAGACUCGACGCAGGUCAAGAGCAGGAUCUUUUAUCGUUACUUUACGUUCUUUUUAAAGCUGUUGAAUCGCUGCAGAAUCUCGGAAAUUGAGUCGACCCCGACGAAUUUGCCACGACAAGAGAUCAUGCUUGUUAACAAGAACAAGGAGAGUGCGACAAUAUUGGCACCACUCAAGAAUUAUACAAUUCUGGCCCUAUCCAAUUUACUGAGUGCUAACGUGGAUGCUGGUCUCAAGUAUUCGCUUUCCAUGGGCUAUCAUGAAGAUACGCGUACACGAACAGCCUUCAUGCAGGUUCUGACCAAUAUUUUAAACCAAGGCACGGAAUUCGAGACGUUGGCUGAAACGGUCAUGACGGAUCGAUACGAGAAGCUUGUUGACAUGCUUGUCGAAUUUGAUCUCAACAUUGCAUUGUCACUGUGUGAUGUCUGUCCAUCCUCCGAUAUCGAUGAAGUCGCCAAUGUGCUUCUUGCUUGUUUUGCAUCACGCGGCAAGACGCUUGUUUUGCUUGAAGCUGUCAUUGAAAAAGAAGUCAUUAAUACGACGAGCGAAACGGAUUUAUUCCGUAAAACGAGUAUUGCUACACGUCUGUUAUCGGUAUUUGCCAAGAACUAUGGUGCUGAAUAUGUACGGUCAACACUACAGCCCGUUUUCACAAAACUUGGCGAAAAACCAGCAGAAGAAAAGACGUUUGAACUAGACCCCUCCAAAGCAGGACCAGGUGAAGAUGUCAACAAGAACAAGCAAAAUGUGGUCAGUGCGACCGAGUUAUUCUUAAACUCAAUUUGCGCAUCCGCCAGUGAAGCACCACGCAUCUUCCGCGAAGUGUGUCAAUGCAUCCUCAACUCUGUACUAAAACGAUUCCCUGAAGCCAUGCAUACCGCAUUGGGCGCCUUUGUGUUUCUGCGUUUCUUCUGUCCUGCCAUUGUGGCCCCUGAAUCCGAAGGUCUUGUCAAGAACAGCGUGUCUGUGUCACGUGAGAUGCGACGUGGCCAUCUGAUCGUCACCAAGGUCAUUCAGAAUCUGGCCAACAAUGUCUUAUUUGGUGCCAAGGAAACGUACAUGAUUGUGCUGAACGACUUUUUGACGAGCAACAUUUAUAAAGUCACAAGCUUCUUGCGCGAGAUUUCCAAGGUGCCUGCGCUACCUGCUGCUUCAGCAAACGGCGAUGACAAUAGCUCUGCCACGGUGGAAAUGCGACACAUGGACGACAAGGAUUAUGCUUUGUUACAUCGUGUUUUGGCAGAUAACAUGGAACGUAUAUCGCGUGAUUUGGCGACACGACGAUUACGACAGUUUAAUGAUCAGGACUCGAUGGCUGUCUGGAAACGAACAUUCGAUAAGUUUGCCAAUUUGCUUGCACAGUUGGGACGACCGCCCGAUAUACCCAAACAAGAAUUUAGCGGCAUGCGUAGCUACAAAUUUGCAGCUGCGAACCAGCUGUAUGCGGAAUUCAUGCGUCGCAAUGGUCAUCGAGGCGUCGAGAGCAUCGUGUCGAAAAAUAUUUUCUAUGAAGGCGGCACAUCCAAGAGUGGACGGCCUGUCUUUUACUUCAUCUUACGCAAUGUUGUAGCCGACAGUAUCGACUUUGAACUGUUGAUCUAUUUUAUUCUUCAGACCUUGGAAAGAGUGGCAAACAAGUCGUGUGAAUUGGUAUUGGAUCUGACACAGUUUGGCCCUUCCAAUGAAAUCCCAAGCCAAUGGAUCAGCCAGCUAUUGCAGCUACUACCGUUUGACAUGUACGACAAUGUGGCCAUGAUCCAUAUUUACAACCCCAACUCGUUCCUCCGCAAAUACGUCAAGAAGCUUCCGCGCCCUGUUACCCACAAGAUCAGCAAGCGCAUUUCAUUUGCAGUGACGCUGGUCGAACUGCAAGAACACAUCAAUGCCUCCGAGAUCCGUCUACCCAAAUCCACCACUGGCUUGGAAACUGAACCCAGUGCCGUCUUUUUCCCCGUCAAUCGGAUAUCCCAGUUUAAGGCCCAAGUACCUGUCACUGUCAAGGUCGGCGCCGAAUACGUGCAAGUUAUGACAGUGCGCAAGCAAGAGUUGUUGUACAACAUUAGUGCGGUGACCAAUGAUGUAUUCCACGUAUCUGAGAUCGAGGAUAUUGCAUUGGGCGGCCAGCACUCUUCUUCGUCAGCAGCAGCAGCAGCAGCACGUGAUGACAACAGCAUUAGUAGUAUCACAGAAUUUAGCUUCAAGUACAACAAGGGCAAGUCGCAAAUCACAUUCUCUUCACCCAAGCGCGAUACUUUGGCUGGUGCGAUCCGACAUAGCAAGCGACGCCAUGAAAUGACCAAGCCUACGAACCUAUCUGAACGCACGAUCCGGCCCAAUGAUGUCCCCGGUCGAUUGCUCAACAUGGCCUUGUUGAAUAUCGGUAGCGACGACCCCAACUUGCGAUUGGCUGCCUAUAAUCUGCUGUAUUCGCUUAGCAUGACGUUCAACUUUGAUGUAGGCAAACAGUUGUUGGAUGCAAAGGAUUUGUGUUUGCCGGCAAACAGCAGCUCGUUCAUUGUCAAUAUUAGCGAAAAGCUGGCAGCUACAGAACAAGGAUUUACAUUGGAGUUUUUGAGCGAGUGUUUUGUCGGUUUUAACAAGUCGAGUGAGCCUUUGCGGUACCUGUGCUUGGACUACAUGACGCCUUGGUUGCCCAACCUUGCCCAGUUCUGUCGAGGAUCACCUGAAGAUGUGGCCAAGACCAAGGAAGUGUUGCGCUUGUUGAUCGAUCUUACUGUGGCGCGUACUGAUAUGUACAAACUCGUCCAAGCCAAGAUUUGGAAAACGAUUGGCAAGGUAGACGAUAUAUUAAACACUGUCCUCGACUCGUUCAUUCUGUUUUCCAACCAACACGGUGUCGGUUCCCUACAAGCCGAAGCCAUGGCCGAUACAUUUGUCACACUAUCCAACGUGGCUGUUCGCGGCAAGGUCAUUUCACGCCUGCGCAAGGUCCUGCAAAAGACAUCCUUCAAGCCCACGCGUAUGUUGACAGAUCAUCCAACAUGGAUCGAGAUUGCCGUCCUUAUCCGGUUCAUUCUGAUGCUUUCGUUCAACAAUCGCGGGCCAGUCAAGAGCUAUGUUCCCGAAAUCUUCCAUAUUGUAUCGCUUGUGGUGGGUGUGGGUCCCACCAUGGUCCGUGCAUCCGUUCAUGGUCUGGUAGUCAACAUGAUCCAGUCUCUGUGUACCUCGAUGCCACUCACAGAAACCAACGUGAAGAAACUCCAAUUGAUGCUUACCGAAUUGUCUGAUUCAAAGUCCCGUUUGUUGUUUGGCCUGUUCAAACCACACGCCAAUGCAUUCACCAUCAACGCGGAAACGCUUACUGAUAUCACCGAACCCAUCCAGCUUGGGUCACUCGAGACGAUCGUAAACCAAUUGCUCGAAGUAUUACACUGUGGCGCACCAUCCAUAGAUGUGGCGAACACUUGGCGAGCCCGAUGGAUGAGUUUGGUCGCUAGCACUGCGUUCCAGUUCAACCCUGCAAUCCAACCACGCGCUUUUGUUGUACUGGGCUGUCUUGGUCGUGAAGAAAUCGAUGACGACUUGCUAUAUCAAAUUCUGGUCGCACUCCGAGGCGCAUUGGCUAUCUUUAACGAGUCUGAUCCCAACUUGGUUUUGAGUAUCAUGAUGUGUUUGAAGAACAUUGUCGAAAGCUUGCCAGGUGAUUCGCGAUACCUUUUGCAGUUGUUCUGGGUAGCCGUUGCUUUAGUCCAAGUCAAUCACAGCCCUAUCUUUGUCAUGGCGAUCGAAUUGUUGCAAGCAGUCCUGCGCGCGCUCGAUGCAAGCGAGUUCUUUGUCGGCGACACCGUGUCGGACGUAUUGCUCGCAGCACGAGAACCUAUGGCUGAAGUGGCUCGCCAACUCGACCUCUUGUGUGGCGUCAACUUUGAAAGUCAUUUCUCGUUUGCCAUUGCUGGUACCUUUAUGAAAGGGUUACGGCACAGCAACGCCAAGGACAUGAUCUAUACUGGCCUGACGACAUUCUUGGACAUUGAAUGCAAACAAACACCCACAGGUAGCGGCGACGACAUGAUCGAGUCACGGACAUUGGGCUACGUUGCUGGCUUAUUACCCAUUGCUGCCAAGAACGAAGCACUUAAGGAGCUACUGCGACUGGCGGGUCUGGACGGUAUCUAUGACGACGAAAUGGAUGCCAUGUUCUUUGAUCCCAAAUAUACCGGGGGACCCAGCAAAGCAGCUAGCAGCAGUUUCUACUAUGGCAUCUUUGACCGCUUGGAUAUACCCGAUAAUACGACUGCCCUGCUGUUGAUAUCAUUACUCGCAACCCAGCUCAAUUCUGCCGACAACGAAUCCGAACGCUUGUUUAUUUACGGUCUGCUCGCUGAAGCAGCAGUGGCCAUGCCCGAAGUGUUUGCUCUCGUCUACGACACGUUGUUGCCAAAGAUGAACCAGAUUGUCGUCAGUAGCCAGACGCAGCCCAUCAUUGAGUCUGUCAAGUCUAUCCUGGUCACCGCCUGUUCCGAUCCAGUGUUCGGCGACUCCAAGAAUAGACGAAGCCAGAAGAUGCUACUGGAAGAGUUAGGAUUUACUGCGCUAGGUGAUCCAACAUUUGGUGCUGCAGCUACAAAUGUCCUCCAAAAUGCAAAGCUUGCUAGUGAAAUUGUGGAGAAAAUUAUUGCAUAA